GCCCCGUGCGCAGGCGCGGCUGGCGGCGGCGAUGGGCGGGCGGGUGACCCGCGUGUUCCGGAAUUUCAACGUGGAGAACCGGGCCCGCCGCGAGAUCACCAAGGAGAAGCCGACGCCCGCGCCGCGGCACCGCACCUCCCGGCUGGACGACAUGGCCGAUAGCCCAGAGAUAAAAGAAGAAGUUCUCAGAAAGGACGAUAGGUUCCUCACCUUGCUCAAAGAUGUUUAUGUCGAGUCCAGAGAUCCUCCAGCGCGGGUAAAAGAUGGAGGUGGUGAACAUCUUCCAAGUAAGCAGGAGGAAAAGAGACUUACAAAAUUAGGCCACUUGGAAGGUCUAGAUGUUAAGAAAGUUCCCAAAGGCAAAAUUUCCCUUGUGGAGGCUCUGACACUUCUUAAUAAUCAUAAACUUCAACCUCACAUAUGGACUGCAGAGAAAAUAGCAGCAGAAUACAGUCUGGAACUGAAGGAAGUCAACUCUCUUCUGGAAUUCUUCAUUCCUUUUGCUGUGCAGGAAUUCCCUAAAGAAACCAAAAAAGCCAUAACAAGCCCUAAACAAAAAAAGUUAACAUAAAAAUACUUGCCAAAAUCUUC